AUGGCGCCAAAGCGGCAGGCGACGAAGCAGCGGGUGCGGGUCACCAACAGGGCCCGCGAGGCGCGUCAGUUCUCCACCGUUCGUCUGCCGCGGAGGGCGGAGGUGCAGGCGGCGGCGGCGGACGUGGAGCGCAUGCACGAGGACCGCGGGGGCGGCGGCGGGCACGGCGGCGGGCAGACGUCGGCGCCUCCCGCCUUUGACCCCAUCCCCGCCGACCCGCUCUUUGUCGUGGUUGCGGCGUCCAAGCACUGGCCGCCGCCGUCGCUGGAGGAGCUGCAGGCGGCCAGCGGGGCGCCCAUUAGCGACGGCUUUGACGCCUACGACCGGCGCGAGGAUGACAGGGAGGCGCGGAAGGAGCGGGUGAAGGUGGUGCGUGGGGAGCUGAACCACCCACGCGGAAAGCCGCGACAGAACACGCUUGUGCGGUUAGACGAUAGCGAGGAGGGCGAGGAGGAGGGGGAGGACGCGGGCGAGUAG